AUGGCAGCGAAGCCCGAGGACGCGAGUACGGCACCUACAGAGGGGGCCGGUCUCUUUAGUGGAGCAGGUCUGGAGAAACAGCCGGAGCCUGAUCUUGUGGCUGGGUCCAACGACAAGAACGAUGGAGGGGAGGCUAUCGACAACGCCACCGCGGCAGUAGCCGAUCUCUCUGUCGACGAAAAGAAAGGAGAGAUCAAGGAAGCAGACGUCACUCCCCAAGCCAAUGCCGUGGCGCCCGAAACCGCACACAGCGAAGCCAAACCUGUGGAACGGAAAGAACCCGAAGCCGACACCGUAGCGCCCACUCAGGGACCCUUCUGGCCAGAGACGGCGCCCGAUCACCCACUCACCAAGUUCUACGAUGCUUUCGAAGCCCUCGUUACCGAAGCCCAGCAUGGAGAAGUCUAUGGCAUAGAGCUCAGCAAAUCGAAACCCUUCCAUACCAAGCUCAUACUACAAAAGUUCCUCCGAGCCAACCAAAACGAUCUGGAGAAAGCGAAGUCACAGCUACUGGAUACGCUGAAGUGGAGAAAGGAGUUCGAUCCGACCAAGGCGGCAGGAGAGACAUUCGAUAAGAGCAAGUUCGAUGGGCUAGGAUACGUGCUGGAGGUCGAGGGCGUGCCGGAGAGUCCCAGCAAGAAGGAUAUCGUUACUUUCAACAUCUAUGGAGCUGUCAAGGACAACAAGGCUACGUUUGGUGAUCUAGUUGGCUUCCUCCGCUGGCGUGUGGGCCUUAUGGAAAAGUCCGUCCAAGCACUCAACCUCCCCGCUGCUACGACGCCCAUUCCCAAUUUCGGAGAAGGCCCAGACCCAUACCAAGGAUUUCAAAUCCACGACUACCUUCAAGUCUCUUUCUUGCGCCGCGACCCCCUUGUCAAGACGGCAACCAAUAAGACCAUUGAGAUACUAGGACGCCAUUACCCCGAGACCUUGAGCAGGAAGUUCUUCGUCAACGUACCCGUGGUCAUGGGUUGGCUGUUCAACGCAAUGAAGUUGGUUGUGGCCAAAGAGACGAGCAAGAAGUUUGUGGUGCUGAGCUAUGGAAAUCAGCUUGCCGCCGAGCUGGGUAAGGGUGUACCGAAGAGUUAUGGUGGUGAAAGGGCAGAGCUGGCCGAGAGCGCCGAGAGUAUGAAGAUGGCUUGA